AUGCAGUUCGAUCCAAGUGGCACGAGACCUGCUGAAAGUUGCCAAGAUGAAAUUGGUACUGUCCGGUUCAACGCACGGCAAAGACUGAUGCCUGGUACACCAUGGGACACAAACAAGAAAAUUGUACAAGUCGAAGUCUUCACACGCAUCUUCUAUGGUGUAGGUAUGAAUGCGAGCCUUGUGCUCAUACCCUACAGCAUCAGUCUUGCAACCCCCGAAGCACCUGGCCUAUACGCAAUGAAUACAUACAUAUACUCGCGGUCGUUCAAGCUGGGAUUUGCGUAUAAAUGGCACAAGCCUGUAUACUGGCCGCUGUUCACUCGAGCUUGGUACGCAUGCUUCAGGCGCAAUAUGCCACAGCAAAGGCAAGUCUGA